GAAAGGCACAGAGAAAAAAAAAAAAAAAAAUCAAAGGAAAACAAACUGAUCUCGUCAUAUUUUACAGAUGACCUGUGCAGGGUUGGAGGACAGAUAAAUAGGAGGGUGUAGAAGACAAAUUUGAGGAAUGACAAAGCAUGGAGGAGAGGAAAGGGUAGUGGAGAAACAAACUGAACUCAGCAGCAGUGAAUUGGGGUUGAUUGGCCGCACCAACUUGAGUGUCCUCUCUGCCAACAGGUCAUCACUCAAUGGCAGUCUGUAAAAAAAGCUGAGCUUCUUCUGAGGGCAUGCCGCCAUUUCGUUUACCUGGAGGCACGAGGACACCUUCUUUGACUGCCAGGACCACUUUUGCGCAUGUGCAGAACGGUUCGGGCACUGACAGGCGUACAUAUUUUUUUUCUUGCUGGGCUAAUUACGUAAAGGCAGCAGAGGCCCAGUGGGAUCUUGGCCUCCCCUGAAACAACUCGAUGGAUCUCAGUGCAGACUCUGGAACACCCCCCACCCACACCACUGUAGGAGGACCUGUGUUGGAGCAUGAGCUGUCUAUGUCCAGCGCUCACUGUCAAACAGAAAGUGGAGGCACCAUCUUACUACAGUUGUUGGAAUUUAAAAUCCAUCUACUUGAGGCUGUAGAGGAGCUGCAUAUUCGGAGGGAUGCAGAGACACGCUUUGAGGAUCAGAUCAGUAAACUGGUGUUGGAGAAACAGGAGCUGGAGUGGGAGAAGGAAUCCCUACAACAUCAAAGUGAAACAGUGGCACACCAGCACACAGAAUCACUCAUUAAUGUUAAGAAGCAGUUUCAGGCCAAAAUAAGGAAAAUUGAGGAGGAGAAGGGGAAAUACCAGGUCAGUGCUGAGCUAAAAGACAAGGAGAUUAACAACCUGAAAGAAAAGCUGAAGUCGCUACAGUUGCUAAAGUACAACUUGGAGAAGAAAUCCAGUGAGCUGGAACAGAAACUAGCAUUGCAGAGCAGGUCUAAGGACAGCCACUUGAACCAGCUGGGGGAGGUUGAGAAACGUUUCAGUGCUCUGACACGGCAGUGUGCCAUUGUCAAGCAGGCCCACGAGAAACUAGAGCAAAAUGUUGAUGAGGCCAUGAACAUAAAUAAGAAACUGACUUUGGCAAAUGGAAAACAAGAAGCAACCAUUGUGUCACUAAAGAAGGAGUUGGAGGAGGUCAGUAAAAAGCUGAUCAUGGCCAAGAUGUCAUCCGUUAGACAUGACAAGAUCCUUAGUCCUACAGGAAGAGAGCAGUGUAUACAGCAGCUGCAACAGAAACUGAGCAUGGAAACUGAAAUGAACAAGAAACUGGGUGAGGAAAAUGUAGCUGUAAGAGCAGAAAAGCAGGAGGUGAUGAGAUCUUUGCAGCAUACCCAGCAGCUGUUGUUGAGUCAGACACAGAUAGUAAGCAGAGUAGAGCUGGAGCUGCAGACACAAAGAGAGCAGUACCAGGACCUUAAGCAGGAACACGGGGUGAUGCGAAAGAAAAGCAAGGCAAUGGAAGACAAGGUGGCCCAACUGAUGGAGAGUUUCGCUGCUUCCAAGACCGGCUGGGACCAAGAGAAGGCAAUGUUUCUGGAUCGCAUCAAGAGUGAGCUGCAGGACCUUCAAGCAGUGAAAGAUGCUUACGAAGAGCUUCAACAGAAACACACUGAACUGUCCUCACAGGCCAAAGUGCAGGCCCAGCAUAUAUAUGAAUUGGAGAUGAGAGACAGCAGUCAGAACCUCAGUGUUUCUACUCAGAUCUUCCCCACGUUAGUCGAGGAAAUCAGAAGAGAGGAAACUCUUACUGAACCUAUCCCCAGCUCUGAGCUGCCUAGCUUUGGCAGUCUGCAGCACAUGGCCUAUACUCAGACCAAAAACCCAGCCUGUCUGGAGGACACAGGAGCUGUGACUGUGCUAGUUGCCACUGGAGCAACUGGAGGACAAGGCACCCCAAACCACCAUCAACAUUCUCAGUUUAAACAGCCCCUAAAUCCUCCGUUUAGCUGCCCACUUACCAACAACAACCUUUUCAGCGUCUAUAGUCUCUCUGGAACAACAGGCAGUGACACCAACAUAUUAAACAAAUACAUAAACAACUCUAACACGAGUGAGAGUGAUCCUGAUGUAGUUUCAGAUUUAAUUUAUGCUACUUCCUCUGUACCUGAUGCUGGUCUGCUGAUUAGCAAAGGUAGCUUUGUGAGCGACACAUCAACUGUAUCUAGCCACAGGUCUAUCAAUGGAUCUGUAGACUUACUGAGCAAAGAAAAGACUGAUGAAGGGAAUGGAGGAAUGAGUGGGAAAGAACAGGGAGGGAAAGAUGAUGUGAAACAAGGAAAGAACAACAGAGAAGAAGAGGAAAUAAAUGAAGAGCAGCAGUGGAAUAGAGAAGAGGUCCAAGGAGAAGAUGCAAAGGAGAGUUUGGAGAGUGCUGGAGAAAAGAGAGGCACGCUCAUGGUCCAAACAACAGAUAGAGCAGACAGACGAGAGGAUAGCCAGCGGUCAACAAAGGAUGCAGGGGACACCAAACAGCCUGAAACAGAAACAAAAGAUAGAGCAGGGGGAGAAGGGACAGAUGGAGCGGAGGAGAGAGGAAAGACAGGGCUGCACACGCCAGAAACUCCAGAAACCCAGAUACCGGCCCAGACUACUGAUAGGACUACCAAGAAGAGCAACACGCAGAAGGUCAUUGACUUCAUGGACAGUGAGCCACUGCUGGCUGCCCAUGAGCCCUCAGACUGCUCACAAAGUCUCUCUCAGAAAGUCAGUGAGAAGGAUUCUGACUCUAGCCAUGUGAACAAAGGAUAUGAGAUGAGGAGAGAAGUACAUACCCUCUGUUUUGAUAAGCACCAAAGUGUCAGCCAUGGGCCAAACUCUGUCUUUCAAGCGGUGCAACGCCUCUGUCAUGAUAAGGUCCAAACAUUUGCUGAGUCACUUACUCAAAUGCCCAGUCCAAUUCUUAAAGUGUUUGAGAAAACCACGGAAGAGAAGCCAUCCGACAAAUUAGCAGCCAAUAUCCCCACUGAAGUUUCUGAACCUCUCAAUCAGUCAAGUAUCUGUAGCUCACAGACCAAUACUACAACAUUAGCUGCUCAGUCGGAAGGUAUUGUCAGUAUCCAUGAGUCAGAGACGACUACAACACAACCUAGUAAUCCUUCUGACAUUACCAGCGACGUGAUGCAAACAGAUGAAAUGUGUGAUACACUUGUGAGUAAAGAAUUUGUAUUGAUGAGAACAAUGGUCGAACCACAAGCAUUACCUCAAAGUCAGGAGAUCUCAGAGCAGGAGAGUGGACAGCUGAAGUCUCUGGUAACUGAUGAUGAGGAUGGUGAUUCUAGUGCAUAUAAGAUGAGGGAAGGUCAGUCAAAUGUAGACACACGUGAAAACGAUGCCUGUGAGUCUUCCCAGGAACCUAUGGAAAAAUCUAAUUUGAAGGAUGUCUGUGUUGAUAUCAAAAUGGAUACUGUGGACGUUGAAUCUGAGGUUGAGACUGGCAGCUGUCAGGAGCGCAUGAAAAGUUACAAAAUAGAAGAUGCAGGAGAUGCAAAGACGACUAAAUGUGAAACUGAUUUGAAGCUCUCUGUCCAUCCAAGUCAUGAGAACUGUGCAUCACCAGAGACUGGCAGCGCAAAAUGCUAUGAGCAGUCUCCAGCAAAAGAAAUGCUGCUUGAUGAUAACAAUAAGUCAUCUCUGCCCAGCAAUAAGACUUACAGGUUGUCAUUUGUAUGGGGCAGUGCUCAGAGAAAAACAGGAUCCUCCAUGUCUGAGCAAAGUACAAGUGAUCCUGGUGGACUCCUCGGACAUCCUCCCACCACAAUACCCAUGUUCCUCAAAAGCAAGCACAACAAAGUCCCCUUGGUGAUUACCGGGGCUUCGGAUCUGUUGAAUGGCUCCGGUGUCUCUGGGACUGCAGCUUCCUCGAGGAGACACCAGCAGGGAGAGACAUGCAGUGAGACAGCAACAGCAGACACGGAGAGCAGAGCUUCUCUCUCCAUCAGUUCUUUUCCAGUCUCCACAUCCUCCAUCACAGUCAGCAGACUGUCAUGGCAGACCACCCCAGGGUGUAGCAGAGCUACUACCUCAGCUGCAGGUCCGAGUUCUGAGUCAGACUGGGAACUCUUCUGCUCCCAGGAGAGGGAAGACCAACAGUCAUCAUCAUUCAGAACCCAGAUCUCCAAAAUCGAACAGUUCCUCAACACAGAGAGGCUCCGUUUGCCCAAAAGACGAAGAACUGACAACUAAACCACCAAAACGUACUGUUCUAUUUAGGGAUGCUACUGUAUUUAUAGUUACAUUUCAAAAGUCUUCUUCUGUAGCACAUAUUUGGUAACUACUGGUGGUGCAGGUUUAAAUGUUCUGAAAGCUAUUACUUGUACUAUAUACAGUAAAUGCAUUAAUGAUUCCUUUCAACUUAUUAGAUUCCCUUCUGAUUAUAUUUAGGUGGGUUUUAUUUGCAAAGUUAUCAAAGCCUAAGCUGAAAAAUUGUGCAAGAGUUUUUGGCUUAAAUCAUUGCCUGUUCAUAUUACUCUUAUAAAAACAUUUCUACAUUUUAUUCGAGUGGAAAACUGCUCUGUUGUUUAUGUUGCUGUAUCUUAAAGAUUUUAUUUUAACAUACACUUGUAUGUUUAUAAAGCAGUGUUGAAAUGUAUGCAUUAUCAUCUAUACAAAAAUAAAACAUUUGGCUUACA